AUGCGCGUUGGCGUUGGCGUCGUAGGGCUCGGCGCCGUCGGCUCCAUCUUCUUCAACCGGCUGCUGCACCACAUCAACCCACCUGGCGCCAAGAGCGCCCACCGCGUCUUUGCGCUCGUCAAGCCGCAGCACCUGCCCCGCCUUGAGAGCGUUGCCCUCUACGAGCGCGGCCAGCCCGACGCGAUCCUGCGCGUGCCCGUGCACAAGCCGCCGAACGCGCUCGCGCUCACGACCGGCGCCGACAAGCACGUCACGGACCCGCUCGAUGUCGUGCUCAUCGCUGUCAAGUCCACGGACACGCUCGACGUGGCCCAGCAGCUCGCGGCAUCCCCCUUGGUCGGAAAGAACUCGCUCUUGAUCUCGCUGCAGAAUGGUCUUGGGAACGUCCAGACGCUGAGAGAAACGUUAGCGACGGAGAAUGUUCUCCAUGGCGUCACGUACAUGGGCGGGCAAUGCACGUCGCCAGGUCAUGUGAUCCUCGGCGGCCACGGCUCGACGAUCCUCCAAGGCGCAGACCAUCUGAGCGACCUCCAGCAAGUCCACCUCGAUCGACUGUGCCAACUCCUCGACGCAGCGCAGCUGCACACAACUGUGAUCAACUCUCAAGACGUGCAAUCGGUGAUCUGGACCAAGCUGCUCGUGAACGCUGGUAUCAACCCGCUCGCAUCCAUCUUGGAUCGACCGAAUUUCUGUGUGACGCAGGGCGCGUCGAACCGCCGCGUUGUCGAGUCGGUCGUCAACGAAGUGGCGGCGGUCGCGGCCGCCGAGGGCAUUCCGCUGCAUCUGGAUGGGAAAAGCCCGUUGACGUAUACGCUGGACGUGGCCAGCGCGACUGCCACCAACGUCUGCUCGAUGCUCCACGAUCUGCGUGGGCACAAGCGAACCGAGAUUGGUGCGAUCAACGAGAUGGUGGUCUACUACGGCCAGCGCCAUGGCAUUCCGACGCCGACGAAUCAGCUCCUGGUGCACCUCGUGCGUGGCCUCGAGACGCGCGCGGUGCCAUGAGAUAUCGAGCACACGUAUAUAUAUAUAUAUAGAAAGGCGAC